AUGGGCCGGACCUCCGAAGCUGAACAGGCCAUGUCGGAGGCCCUCAACGAGUGGCAAGGAAAGGCCGAACAGGAGCAGCUCCUCAUCUCCCAGGCUCAGAUCUUGGUCUCCAAAGGAGAUCCCGAUGGAGCUCUUGCCAUCUUGCAGAAGGUUUAUAAGAUGGGUGCAUUUUAAAAAAAUCUGAAAAUUCUUCGAUUUUCCAUUGAAGAAAAAGGCUAGCUUUUUGCAUGAUUAUCGAAAAAAAGGAAAAAAAAAACAAAAAAUUUUCUUUUUAAUCUCUAUAGGGAAAAGGCAGCUCUAGAAACCACAAAAAGUGCUCCCUUUAGGGGUUUUUGGUCAAGUGAACUCUUUAGGGGGAUAUAAAGGUCCCUAAAGAGGUCUUUGGUAAAGAAGCAAAUCAAAAAAAAGUGCUCCCUUUAGGGGUGAUCAAGGGGGUAAAGUGGUCCCUAAAGAGAUCUUUAGGAAAGUAAAAAAAUCAAAAAGCGCUCCCUUUAGAGGUUUUUGGUCUAGGGGGGUAGAGUGGUCCCCUAAAGGAAAAGUAGCAAUAUUUUCCAGAUGCCUAUAAUAAAUUUGAAACCUGUUUUGGCCUAACUCUGAGCUCAUUAUUAAUAAACGAUUGACGGACUUUUUUUCUCAUUUUCAUUGUGAAAACUUUUUAUUCGAUGAUGAAAAGGCUAAUAUUCAAAAACUGAGUUUUUCAGGUGCAACCCGGACAGUUGAGUUAUCACUCGGCGCGGAUCAAAAUGGCGGAAAUCUACAUCGAGGAGAAGAAAGACAAGCGAAUGUUCGCCGCUUGUUACAAGGAACUCCUUCAAAUGGAACCGACCCCGGCCUCGUACGCCAUGCUCGGCGAUGCCUUCAUGAGCAUCCAGGAGGUCUGGAUAGAGCUAUUGAAUAUUGGAUCGGAAGUCUUUCGAGAGUUUCUGGAAAUCCAAUCAACAUAAGAAACGCGAAAGGAACCUUUUUCAAGAAAGGUCGUUUUUAAGGCUUUAACUUCCAUUUUAGACCGGAUUUUUCUCGGACGUCGUAGCGCUUACCGGAUUACUCUUCUAGUUUUCGAGUAUUCUUAUCUAUAUUUUUGAAAAAUUGUGUUCAAUUAAUUUUAACACUUUUUUAGUGUUGCUAGGAGCUUUAAAAGACUCUGAGAACUUGUUAGAAUCUUUUCUUUCAGUUUGUAGUUAAAAUUUUGAGCCUGUAGGCCUUCUGACUUCUUUUGGAACCUUCCAAAUUCUUUGAAGCUUCAAGAAAAAGCUCAGGUUGUGACAGGCUUUUUUCUGGUCCUGGUCAUGUAAAACUAAUCAGUUAGUUUAAAUAGAAAAUUUCUCUUCUUCCAUCCGUUUUUCUUUUGAAUAACAAGACUCAUCUUUAAACUUCCGUUUUUCAGAGAAUUUCGGCCUAGUUUCCCCCAAUGAGUUAGCAUUCUCCUAUGUCAAUUAUAAAUUACUCAAUAAAUCUAUAUUUUUCUUUAGCCUGAUGAAGCGAUUUCCUACUACGAGCAAGCUUUGAAAAUGCAAAAUAAAGACGCCCUUCUAGCCGAAAAAAUCGGAGAGGCCUAUGUCAUGAGUCAUCUCUAUGCCAAGGUAAAAAAAGAACCGAAAACCGAUUUAAAACAUAAAUAAAGGCCGUCAACUUCUACGAGUCGACCAUGAACAUCUACAAAGACAGGAAAAUGCGUGAGAAACUCGCCGAGUUGCUCCUGAAGCUCGGAAGUCUGGACAAGUGCGAGAAAGUCCUCAAGCAGCCCCUUGACCUGGAUCCUGACCCCGCGGGUGAGAAAACCUUAGUUUUCUAGAGGAUUUUUGAGGAAUGAGCAGUUUUUAACUAUGAUUCUGAUUUUUUUAGGGUCUAAAUUUUUCUGAACUUGAUUUUCUGACGUCAUUUCCCAUCGAUUUAUCUCGAAAAAUUUUGCCGCAAAUUGAAAAAAAUUUAGUUUGCGUUUUUCUUAAGCUUUUGAGAGCGUGGAAGCCGAUCUGGAAAAAAUUUAUAUCAAUCGAUAAACGAAAAAUAAAUUAAGGCUAGGAUUGACUUCCAUAGGAAAGUUAGGAAGUUAUAGAAAAUCAAAAUUUAUAGUCGAACUUUUUAAGUUUUUUUAUAUUUGGUAUCGAUCGAUAGUGGAGAUCAAGAGGUUCAAGAAAAAAUAAGUAUUUUAAUCCUCAACUAUGUCUUUUUAGACCUUAAUACCGCAAGAAGAGGUUCACAAGUACUCAAAGUUUGAAAAAAAACAGGCUUUGCGGUUUUUUUGGUAUUGGAGAGAACCGAAGGGUAGUUGUGAAAAGUUUUUUUCAAUUCUUUUAAUAUGGCGACUCAUUUCCAAGUUUUGAAUGGAUAUAAACUUUUUUCAGAGACUUAAUAGGUGAUUUUAAAGCACAAAUUCGGAAUCACUGUGAAGCGUUUCAUAUUGUGAUACCAGUCUCUUUUUGAAAAUCUCAAAUUGUCCUGAAACCAUCCUUUGAAAUUAAAACUAAACCAAUAAGCAUCGAUUUUAAGAUCUCACCGUGCUUCCCUCGCACAUCCAACUUCUCGAAUUGCUCUCAAAAGUUCAUCAAGCCAGAAAACAGUGGAAUGAAGCUUCGGACUGUCUCGACAGAGCCAAAAGGCUCCAGCUCAGACUGAUGACCAAAUCUGAGACCAAUACCAACUUCAAUGUCAAGAGAGAGGUCGCGAGGUUGGUUUUGAUGAAAAAAAAGGGUGAAAAAGAAUAGGGAAAAGGGGAAUAAAAUUGAAAAAUUGAAAAGGGAAUAGAAGAAAAGAGGCCUUCGAAAGUUUAACCAAAUUUCAACAUUAAUGAAGAAGAAUCGUAAUUAUCAAUUUUGAGAAAUUGUGAAUGAGAAUUUAAGCUUGCAGAAAACUACGUUUCAAAAAAACAAACUUUGUUUUUCGAUAGAAAAAUUGAGAAAAGCCAGUCAUGAUGGGAAAGUUCGCCCCAUUGAGAAAAGUGAGAAAAGUAAAGGAAUUAACCAGUUUUCAUCGACUCCUAGAAAAAUUUUUAGUGGCAACUACUGGUUUUGGCCUUUUCAGUGGCCACUACAGUAGUCAAACUAGUGGCCACUUAAGGGAUGAAAAAUUAGUGGCCGCUAUAAAGUUCUAAGUGCUACUACUAUACCACUUAAAAUUUUAGUGGCCACUUUAGGGGCCAAUGGAUCAACAUAACUGGUCCAAUGUGUUGUUACUGGGAAGAAUACUGGAAGUGGCCACUAAGUAGAUAACCUUUAUAGUGGCCACUAAAACGGAAAACAGUGACCACUAUAGAGGUGGGUUUAGGGGCCACUUUAGUGUCCUCUCCAGAUAGUCCUUGGCGAGCCUUGAUAGUGGCCAUUAAAUUUUUCGCAGUCUCUGAGAAACAAUGGCAAACGAUGUUUCUGAAAUCAGCGAGGUUUUUGGAAAUUAGAAAGGUUUAUGAAAGUCAGAAAAAUCAAGGGAAUUUCUAGCUCUCGGCAUUCUCAUUAGAAAAUCAAACUUCUCACAGAAUCCUCUGCCUAAUGGCCGAGCUCCAAACCCGAACAAAAGACAUCACGAGAGCCGUGGAGUUGUACAAACAAGCCACAACUUUUCACGAAGGUGACAUCAAGGUUUGAAGAAAAAAUCAGAGAUUCAUAAAUUCCCAAAAUUAAGAGCAACCUCGCCCUAGCGCACAUUUACAUGUCCCAAAACCGACUCCAAUUAUGCAAUCAGCAAUGUAACAUCGUCCUCGCUAUUGAGAGAGACAACGACGAGGCGACCUUGGUGAGGCGAUUUUCUGAGGGGAUUGUGCGCUCUGAUGAUAAAUUUGGUUGAAUUUCGAAUUUUGAAGAAUUCUUUCUUGCGGUUAAAAGGAUUUUUUCAAACCCAUUUCUAUACGUAAACUAGGGCAUGUUUUAGGCGUUUCUGUGGAUUUUUUAACCAUAUAGUAAUAGAGACUAUUUACUCAGAUGUCAGGGAAAAUUUGCUUUUUCCGUGGAGCGAAUUUGAGCGGAUUUCGGAGGCUUUUUUGAAAAAGAAAGAGAAAAUUAGAGCAGAAUUCGGAAAGGAAUAAGGGCAUUCUUCAUUUUGAAAAAUUACUAAUUUUUGUUUUCCCUUAAGGGAUCAUUUACGGUAUUAACGACUUUAAAAAAAGAAAAAAAACAUCUAAAUAUUUUUUCAUCCAUUUUUCUCCGAACUUGGGAUUACCAAGUCCAAUUUUUCAAAAGAGCCUUCUCUGAUUUCUCGAAUUUCAGAUGAUGGCCGAUUUAUUGUACCUCAAAAACGAAGGAGACCAGGCGAUCGUCCAUUUCACCCAAUUGUUGACCAGAAAUCCCAGUAAUUUCAUGUCGUCUCCCUGGAUUUCAAUGUCCGCAUUUUACAGACCAUUAUCAUGCCCUGGCACGGGUCAUUGAACUUUCCUGGAGAGGUGGCGAUGCCGAGAACGCCGAGAAGUUUUUGAUGUUCGGAAAAUAUUUUUUCGAAAGAGGAAUCAAAAAAAUUGUAGGAAAGCCGUGGAAGCGAAUCCGCGGGCUACGGUAGAUGCCGGUUACAAUUACUGUAAAGGGCUUCAUGAAUGGUAAAUGAUCAGUUUUAUGAAGUUUAUUUGAGGAUUCACACAUUCUUACACUGUUCUAACAAAAAUCUUCAAAAAAACUUGAAUUUUUAAAUUAUAUUUUUGAUACAGUGAUCUCAAUAAAAGGGUUGGAAGAAAGUUGAAAAAAAUUUUUGGUUCGAAAAAAAUUCGGAGAAUGAAAAUAUAUUCCUUGUAUGCCAAAUUAUCUAUCUUCUUUCUUAUAAUUUUAUAAAUAUCGACUCCCAUUUUAUUUCCGAUUAUUUUAGUGAAUUUAUUGGAGAUUUCAAAUUAAAAUUGGAAUCUUAACGAAAUUUAAAAUCAUUAUGAAAACAAUUCAAAGAGUUGAAUAGGUUUUUUUCUGACAUCUUUUUCCGAUUUUUCGAGCUGAAAUAGUCUAUAAUUAGAGAUAAACACGGCCUGAAGAGGCGCCAGAUAGUUAGAGGUUCCCUCACUUCUCUGGAGUCUCUUCAGUCGCCGUGAUCUCUUGCUUACAAGCUUUUUUCAGGCUUUUUCGAGUUUUUAAAAAGUUUUGGAACAUUUUAUUGAUCUUCCAAAAAGAACUACUUCGCUAAUAUUUACAAAAUUCUGACCUGUCUGCGCUCUCUUUUCCCUCACCCAAAGAAACAUGCACCGUUCAGAGAAAAGAGAGCGCAGAGAAGUCAGACUUUUCUGUGAAAAAUGGCUUUUUCAGCUCAUUUUUUUCAAACUCCCCUUUUUAAGCUUUAAGUUUCAAAAUUUAGCCUUUUUUAAGGUUCACCGGAGAUCCGAACGGCGCUCUGCAAGCUUUCAAUAGAGCUCGAAGGGAUCUGACUUGGGGCGAAAAGGCGAUUUAUAAUAUGAUCGAAAUUUGUCUCAAUCCCGACAAUGAAAUCAUCGGCGGAGAAGUCUUGGAGUCCAGCGAGGACAAGUUAGUUUUUCGAGGAGAAUGCGGUCGUUUGAAGAGAGAUUAGAGAAAGAGAGAUAGCAAGCUUCUCUGGAGUCUCUAAGGGGCAUAGUUGUUCUUUCGCAUUCUCUUCCGGAAAAAAAGAAGAAUAUUAUCGUCUUGAAGAAAAGCAGAAUCUUAGAUUUCGAAGUUUCAAGAAACCCGAGGGAUCUCUAGGAAAGCUCUUCAACAAAAAUAAUAUAUUUUUUUUCGAAAUAUAUCCUUUUCAGGCCAGAAGACGCGGACCGAGCGAUGGGCACCAAAACGGCCGAAAAAUUCUUGAAAGUUUGAUUUUCCGAUUUUUAGAAUGGUAAUUUUUAUUUUUAGGAACUUCGAUACAAACCGACCGUUGAUUCGAGAUAUUCGCUCAUGGAGAACUUCAUUUUGAUGCACACCGGCAAUAAAAUGAACAUUCAAACGGCUCUCAACGCGUUUCUGUCCAUGAUUGGAGAGGGGGUUUGUACGUUGCUAAAGUCGGAAAUGUGGAAGACGGGUGCAAACUGGCCGCUGAAAGGGUUCCGUUUUGAGGCCUUUUAUGAGCCUUUACUUCUUGGUUAGCUGAAAAGCCUUGAAAAGGGUGAAAAAAAAAGUCUCGGCCAUUAAUUAUUUCUGAUUUUAUUACUGUAGCACGUUUUGGUUCAUACACAGUUACUAGUAGAGAUUGAUAUCAAUUCAAAGAAAUUUUUUUGGCCAAAUAGGUCCAAAAAGGGUGGAUUAGGGCCGAUGGAAGGACGGAAAAAGGCAGUAAAAAGGAACAAUCAAUGAAAACCUUUUGCACCCAUAAAAGACCCUUAAAGGACCCGCAAAAGUUCUUCCGACUUUGCCUAUGGUAUGGCAAUGUUUUGAAGGAAAAAUGGAGGACUUUAGGUUUUUUUUCGAAUAUACUAAUGGUUGCUAAUUACAGAUACACUCUUUUCAUUAUUUUAUUAGGUUAAUUCUGAACCCUUUUGAGCCGGAGCUGAAUAUGUAAAGUCUCACAUCAAGAUCCAAUUAUUUUUCAAGCAGAAUAUUCUUUCAAGGACACAAUUUCAAACGUUGGCGCUGUUUUGGGCACCGCCAGGGCCUACAUGAUUCUGAAACAAGUACCCAAAGCAAAAACGAUCCUGAAAAAGGUGAUCUCUCAUCAGUGGACCCUCGAAAAUGCGGAUUAUUUGGAGAAAUGUGAGAAAAAAGUACGGAAUGUCAAAAAGAGAAGAUUCUUGCAGGUUGGCUUCUUUUAGCGGACUUGUACAUCAAUCAGAAUAAGACGGACCAAGCGACCAAUGUCCUGAGAACGGUUCUUCAUCACAAUGCGGUGAGUGGUGGGAGAAAAUCGCCGCGGAAAGGGUGCUCCAAUGAGAAAAUUGGUUUUUUUUUCAAAGUAUACAAUAUUUUUCGGAGUAACUUUCUGUAAACGGUUGUUCAUUACGACGCGGUGAACGGUGGGAAAAAAUCGCCGCGGAAAGGGUGCUGUAUUGAGAAAGUGGGCUUUGUUGAAGAAUAUAAACAUUUUUCGGAAAAUUUCUUGUUUGAUUUUUAAAUUUCAUUCUUUUUGAGAUAAAAUAGAUGGUUCUCCUUAGAAGAUUUUUUCAAUGAAAUCCAAAUUUUUAUCCUCGAAUAAAAUAUUUCUUGUGAGAUCCAAGAAAAGAAAGUUUUCGAAAAACAGCUUUUUUAUAUUGAGUUUAAAAACUCUUUGCUUACAAGGGCUGUGUGCGCGGUGAACAUCGAGUUAUGAAUUGAGGCUUUCAUGGUAGAUAGACCUAGGGUAGAGUGCUCCAAAACAAAAGAGAAAAUCUGCUAAGCGCCAUAGGGUACCGAGAAAAAGCUCGUCAAAGUUUUGCCGCCACGUAUAUUCCCGCGCUCGGAGUGCACAGCCAGCAACUGGGAGCGUGGUGAAGUGGCAGUGUUCUUGAAUGGCGCUGACGCUAUGAUAGGUUCGAUUCCUUUUGACGCGAAGCAUUUUUUGCUUUUUUUUCCAGUUAUUCUCCACUCUAUUAUUAAACAAAAACAGCAAAAAUUUUUUGAAUUGAAGGAGAUGAUUGAAAAUUGGAAAAAAGGAAGGAGAAAGCACAAAAAAAAACUUUUUCGUGUCAUAUUAAGUUUUUCCAUUGAAAGUAUCGGAAAAAAAAAGUUCUGAUAAUUAGUUUAUGGCUUCCGAGAUCACAAAAAGAUGAAAUCGAAGCAAAAAUAUAAGUGAAAAAUCACUCAUAAUCCUGCGAAAAAAAAAGAAACCAAGUAUGAGUACGAGCCCGAAGAGCACAGGGAGUCCUGUCAAUGUAUUUUCGCAUUCUCCAUGAAAUUUCAGAAAUUUCGGUAAGAAAUAGAACAAAACUUUUGGUAUGAGAGGGGCAUCGAAAAAGGGAAAAUAGAGCAGCCGGGGGAAUUUUCGCGAUGAAAGAUUUUCAAACAGUAAAAAGAGAAACAACAUAUAAAAUGGUUGAAUGAGGCCAGAGGAGCCAGGUGUGAUAUUAUUCACAAGUAUACAUUUAUUUACAGGAGGUACCAAGUUUUUCAUUGUAUUUCGUUGGGCUGUCAUCUCGAGAAGCCGCCCAGGCAUCAAUUAUUUGAACAAUUUUUCAGAAGUUUUCCAUGAAAAACUGAAUAUGACACAAAAAUUUUUUUGUGCUUUCUCUUUCCUUCUUUUCCCAUUUCCAAUUAUAUCCUCCAAUUCAAACGUUUUUUGCUGUUUUUUUUUGUUGAUAAUAGAGUGUAGAAGAAUUGAAAAAACAAGAGCAAAAAAAGUUUCACGUCAAAGGGAAUCGAACCUAGCAUAGCGUCAGCGCCAUUCAAGAGCACUGCCACUUCACCACGCUCCCAGUUGCUGGCUGUGCACUCCGAGCGCGGGCAUAUACGUGGCGGUAAAACUUUGACGAGCUUUUUCUCGGUACCCUAUGGCGCUUAGCAGAUUUUCUCUUUCGUUUUGGAAGACUCUCCUUUAAGUCCAUCUACCAUAAAAGCCUCAAUUCAUAACUCGAUGUUCACCGCGCACACAGCCCUUGUUAGAAAAAAGUUCGGGAAAUAAAACCUUUUUUCUCAAGUGCGCUCUAUUGAGAACGUGGUUGAUUUUUUUUUUCCUGAUGUUAUCAGUUUUUUCUUCCUGAAAAUAUUUCAAAAUUGAGCUAUUCUUUUUGUAACAACUAUAAACUGCUUUUUAGUGGGAUCUAUUUAUUUUUAUGCAUCCAAUCAUUUUUUGAAAUCAAGUUUCUUUCAGAGCUCACUGAAAGCCUUCGAGUUCCAAGGAUAUUUGCGAGAAAAGGAGCAGAAAUGGGCGGAAGCCGUCCAACACUACGAGAAGGCUUGGCGCAUCUGCCAGCAGAGGAAUCCUGCCAUUGGUUGGUUGGAAAAAUGAAAAAAGUGACAGAACAUACAAAUUUCGGGUAGCUAUAGCCCUUUUUCCAUGAGAUUUUUUACAUAUUUCGGAGUUAUAUUUCAUGAAUUUUCAAUCCCCAGUCAAAAGCUUAAGUUUUUUUAUUCCCUCUGGGUUUCUAUCUACCCAAAAUGGGAGCUUCAUGACCGCACUUGGAAUGGCAAAGUUCCUAGCGGGUUUGGAAUCUGCGCCGGACCGUAAAACGACUUGGAAACUGCAUUUCAGAAGGAUAUUAGUGCGUUUUGAAGAUUUUUCAGUUUUUUAGGUCGCUAGGGAAUAAUUUUGUCAAAAUUCAUUGAUUUCAAUUUUUUGUUUAGUUUUCCUUUAGGUUAUAAAAUAAUGUAACUUUGAAAAAAACAGUCAUGAAAAAAAUGUUUUUAAGUUAAACGCACCGUGUGAUCAAAUUUGACUGGCGCUUUAUUAUAUUCUUGAAACGGGCCUCCUAAGAUUUCAGAUUCAUAAACUGCUCAAAGAAGUAUCAUUCCCAUGGCGGCACUUGGAAUGGCUCAACGAAGCCGCGACGCGUUGAGCCAUUCUACUUGUGGUCAGAAAAUGAAGGAUUUUACAACUUUCUGGGAAAAUUUUUAGUGGCCACCAUAGAGGCUCGCCAAGGACUACUUGGAGAGGACACUAAAGUGACCACUAAACCCACCUCUAUAGUGGCCACUAUUUUCCGUUUUAGUGUCCACGUGAUUGAACCAGUUAUGUUAAUCCAUUGACCCCUAAAGUGGCCACUAAAAUUUUUAUUGGCCUAGUAAUAGCACUUAGACCUCUAUAGUGGUCACCAAUUUUUAACCCCUCAAGUGGUCACUAAUUAUACUACUAUAGCGGCCACUAAAACGUCAAAACCCUAUAGCGGCCACUAAAAUUUUUCCCAAUUAUUUACUUUUAUUUCCUCUUUUCCAGGCUACAAACUCGCCUACAACUACUUCAAAUGUCGGCGGCUGUUCACCUGCAUCGAAACGUGCCAUAAAGUCCUGGAACAGUACCCCCAUUACCCGAAAAUCAAGAAAGAAAUCAUGGACAAGGCCCGCGCUUUGAUAAGAACCUGA